CGUCCUUGUUUUUCGUAUCGCUGUCUCGUGGUGAAGCUGGAUAGGAAACGGCGGCGGGCGCUGCCGCCUGCUUUGUUACGAGCCUCCUUUGUCCCGAGGGACUAGCCAUGGGGGUGGCGCGCGCUCUACUGGCGCUCGUGGCAACUCUAGGAACAGUUCCGUUCUCCAUAGGGCUGACAUGUCUAGAGCCUCCUCAGAAUGUUACUGUGCACAUUGUUAAUACAAAUAUCACUCUGAAAUGGGACUGGGACAACCCAUGUGACCUCAAUGUAACCUUUUCAGCUCAGUAUUAUGAAAUGCUGGACUAUGAGACAAACCUUGAAAACUGGAUAAUGAUUCCUGAGUGUCAGAAUGUAAUCUCCACAGAAUGUGACCUCUCAUUACUGAAACUAGAUUAUUUAUAUUAUUGUAAUGUAAAUGUAAGAGUGGAAGCCGACAAAGAGACUUCUCCAUGGGCCUCUUUAAAAUUUUCUCCUUAUUUAACAGCCCAGAUUGGUCCUCCAGGAGUGCUGUUGGAAUCAGUAGAUGGAAAUGUAAAAAUCAAAAUUAUACCUCCAGAAGCACACCAAUCAAAACAAAUGUGGAACCUUGACACUUUUACCUACAAGCUAGCAAUAUGGAAGAAUUCAUCAAAGUCUGAGAAAAAAAUCCGGGAUGUUUUUUCAGGUCAAAACCUUCCUGAUCUUCAGCCAGAUACUACUUACUGUUUAGAAGUUAAAGCAUGCCUAGAAGAUCAUAAAGCUUUAUGGAGCCCAGUGUACUGUAUGAAAACACCUAAAGCUUUGGAUGCUCUGGCUCCACCCACAAAUCUUCGUGUUCAUGCUUUGAAUAUGAAGUGCAUUUUGUAUUGGGAUAAUUCAUACAAUGGAAGUGUGAGCUUCAUGGUCCAGUGGCUUUAUGCGUUCAAAAGGCUCCACUCUCGCGAUUACUCAAAGGAAUGGAUCACCGUACCUGGAUGUGAAAACAUCACCACAACAUAUUGUGACUUUUCAUCUUCUGUUUCCUUCAAUGGAAUUUUCUAUCUCCAUGUACGGACUAUGAAUAGACAUUCCAAAUCACCUUGGUCUGAAGAGUUACAUUUUGAACCUUUAUCAGAAAAUGAAAUUGGCCCACCAAGUAUCAAGGUUAAUGCCAGUGAGGAUUCACUUCAUGUUUUAAUUGUGCCACCUGGAGAAUCGGAAAAUACCUCAAUCAGCAAACACUAUAUUUUUACUUACCAUAUUAGGUACUGGAAUAAUUCUUCAUAUGUCAAGGAUAAAAUUGAAGAAAAAUCAACAUCAUUCAUAAUUCCGAACUUGACUUUUUCAACUGUAUACUGUUUAGAAGUACAAGCAUCGUCUUAUGUAAAAAGCAGCAAAUUUAGCAAUGUGACGUGUGUUACAACUUCCAGUGGGAAAUCAUAUCAAGCUAGUCUUGUCAUCUUUAUAAUUUCUAUUGUUGGUGGUAUUAUUGGCAUUGGUGUCAUCUAUGCUGUCUGGUAUAUAUGGAAGCGGAUCCAAUAUGCAUUCUUUCCUUCGUGCAAUCUUCCGUCAUUCAUAGAGAAGACUGGAGGAAAAGAUCUGAGCAGUUCCUAUUUAAUAUCUUCAGAAGAAUCAACAGAAAAAUGUGUUCUUGUAAUUGAAAAUAGCAUUCCAGCUGAAAUUAACCAAAUGAACUCUAAGGAACACAGACAAUCAGAACAGAGCUGUCGGGACUCAGGAAACUAUUCUAAUGAUGAUGAUAUUUCUGGAAGUAAAGAAUCGCAUGAAAUUAAAGAAGAAGGAGCAUUAUGACUCGGACAGUGGAUAGAAGCCCCAAGAAAAGAGGGGCAGUAUAGUUUUCACCUUAGUAAUUAUUUAUAAUCAUUUUUAUUAUUGCUGUUCUCUUUUCUUAAAAAAGACUUUAUGCUAGAAAGCAGACUGAAAGUUGGCUCUGGUGCCAAAGAUUUAUUAUGUACUGCUAUCAGGAAAAUGGCUGAAACAGAGGAUUGUUUUUUAAUUUUGAGUUCUCUAUGUAAAGGUAUCAUGAGAACUUCGCUAAAGUAUUUAUGAGUUUAAGUGUUUUGAAAUACAAAGAGCAGCUGGAAAAAUCAUAGUAAACUUAGCCUGUAUACCUACAACUACAAGAGUUACUUUUUACAAUAUAAACUGUGAAUACUACUAAUGCCUUCUAGCUAUAGCCAGGGCCGGCGCACCCAUAGAGGCCAGGUAGGCGGUGGCCUCAGGCACAAGGGCCCUGGAGAGGUGCCGGAGGGGGUGUUGGGGGCAGAGGCGCGCGCUGCGGAGCUGGCAUGGCUGGCCCGCAGCUGCUGCAGCCAGCCAGCCCCGUGCCGCUGCCGCUGCCACACGCCUCCAGCCGGGCGCAGCAGCCACGAGCCGCUGCCGGGGCAGCGUGCAGAGUGUGGAGCAGCCUCCGCCCACCACCCCAGCCAUCUGCCGGUGAAUGCCCCAGGUUACGCUGCGCGAUGACAUCAUUGCGCGAUGAUGUCUUCGCGCAGUCCGUGGCGUGCGCACACUGCACGCACGCACGGGCGGGGGUUGCCACGGGCGCCAGAGACCCUGGCGCCGGCAGUGGCUAUAGCAAAGAAUAACAGUCUAAUAACAGGCUAUAUACGCCUCUAAAAAGUACUGAUAUGAAAGCCUCUCCAGUUUUUCUCAGAGGAGGCCACAAAUGUACACAAACAUUGGUGAUGUUGUUGACUGUGUUGUUCAGAGCACAAUUUAAUCACAGCGACAGUAGUGCCUUCUAGGAGUUGGUGUUCAUUGUUAAUUUAACCCUGUAUAAGAUUGGUCAUUUCUUUCUUACAGACAACUAAGCCAAAAGUAGCAGGUAAUGAAUAGUGCUGUGAGAGAUAGUCAAUACUUCUACCACGAAAAAAUCUUUUGAAAGUUAAGUGAAAAUUAUAAAGAAAGCCUUCAAGGCUUUAUAAUAUUUUUAUAAAUUUACAGUGACUAUAAUGGAUACCUGCAGCUUGUACUUGCAAGUACAAUUUUAUGAAUGUUACAAUAGAUAACAGGGUAUUUAUUAGUACACAUUUUCAGUCUCUUUUCUAGUAUAGGAAAAACAGCCUCAUCUUCAACAGGAGACUAUUUCUUAAGUAAAACCUGAAAUUCAAGUGUGAAAAUAAUUGGAAACCAAGUUUCAGGGAAGGACUUUGUAAUGACAUAAUAUACCUCUGCUUAGUUUUCUGUGCUGUUGAGUGAGGAAGAAAAUCAGUCCUCAGAUGAAAACAAUCACUUAUUUCAAAGACAAUCAGGAAACACUGCUAGUGAAAUCUAAAUAAUUUGUAGGAAAGCAUUGACAGUAUUUUCUCCAUGCUUCUCAUAAGAAAAUAAGAAUUGCCUUGCUUGAUCAGACCAGUGGUCCAUCUAGUCCCUUUCCUAAUAAUCUCCAGCAUUAUUUGCCUUUUUCCACACUGCUGAACACUGUCAGUUUCAUCAAGCUAUCUGUUACUACUCCAAGAUCUCUUUGCCAUUUUCUGAGUCAACACUUUCAUUGUAGUUCUUGAUUACCACUGCCCACCUUGCUUCUGGGGUAGUGCUCUUUAGACAUGUACAAGGGACAGUAUAGUGUAGUUAUCCAGUGUGAACCCCUAAUGUUCAUCUUCUGCUUCUGUCCUUUUGCAUCAAAUGUUGAUAGUGAAAUCUGGACUCCUAAAGCAGCUGCUUGUAUAUGCCUGAUUUUUUUUUGUCUCUUGGAAGGCCAGCUGAAGUGAAGAGGAGUUGUCUGUACAAGACAAUGUCUGUUUACAGGUGCAGUAGAAUAGAAGGAGAUGAGCACGUUUUGACCUCUAAUUCUCAUUUAACCUAAGUUUUAGGACUGUAGCAUUGCCUCAGAUCACUCAAAAAACAUAAAUUCACACAAAUGGUCUGUUCUUUUUAAAAAGUAUUUUUGUAAAAAUACCAAGAAAUUUUAUCUUACAAAAUUGAGAAAGACAAAUAAAUGUGAAAUUAUAGUAAAAUAUGGAACAAAAAUGCGUGCAGAUAGUUAUGUAGAUUAAGUGAGAGAACCUUCGAAGGCCAUGGUGGCUUUUGUGUGUAUGUCAGUGAAAGGGCCAUUUUGCAUUUGUCUCCCCCUUGCACAUUAUGGUGUUUGCUAUGGAGAUGGGUGCUACACAUACACGAAAUAUCUUUCCUGUAAUAUGUGAAUGAGUACAAGAAGGUAAAUAUUAAACAUCUGCAUGUCUGAAAGAUUC